AUGCUCGCUCACUUCCCUGUACAGGCUGAUACUCGCGCUCUCGAACUUCUGCACUUUGAGAGUAUUAGUGAAGGGGCCAUUGCCAACAUAUUGGCCCAUGUCUGUCUCGCUAUACGACACUAUGAUUGGGAUAGCUGGAGUAUUCACAUGAAUGGCCUGAGCCUCAUAGCGAACGUACGUGGUGGAUUUGCCGACCUCGGGUGUCACAUGGCCCUUCUCAUACUGCUGUACGAUCUGGCUGGUGCUAUGGUCUUUGACUCCUUUCCGCGAUUUGAUCUCCCACUACAGAUUGUUGGCAUAUCCAACAGAUCUUCAAGACUACCUGCCCCUAGGUUACAAGCCUUACUUGUCCAACCCAUGUCGCCCACAUUUCUCCCAGCUAGUCAAGCAUUAAGAAUGGUUUCCUCAAUUGCGGAUGUGAUCAAUAUCAACAGCCGAUGCGCAUCAUUCUGGAAGAAGGAUAUCGAUGCAAUCCGCAUGAUCGGCCCCUGCAUUCACUUUUUACUCUCAAUGCCAAGGCUCCCCAGUGAUUUCAUGGUCAUGGCUGACCCUGAAGACCUUAUCGCGAGAGAGUUGAUUCGACUUACAUGUCUUAUGCUUAUGUCGAAAUUGAAGGAAUUAUUCGCGUUCCCUCCGAGUGAGCAAGAUUCACUACAUGCUAGGCUUGCUGGAUUUGUCUCUCAGAAUGUAAAGACGCUUGGGAAAAUGUACAUUGAGCUGAAAGUUUGGGCUCUUGUUACUGUUGCUUUACUGCGAUACCAUGACGGAAGAGACGUCUACGUACAGGAGAUGAAAAGAGAAAUGUCUGCAAUGGACAAACCGUCACCCUCCGAAUUCACUGAGAUUGCAAAAGAUAUCAUCUGGAUCGACAUCUUGAUGUCACCAUUUUCAGAGGAUCUCGCGGCAGAUUUGACACCCCGCGUCGCAUCUGAAGAAACCCAUUGUGUUGGUCGACGCCAAAUCUAA